GCGGCGGGGACGGGCACCUGCUCCCGGGGGAGGGCGCGGCCGCCGAGCCGGGACGCAGCUCUGCGGGCCUCCGGGCUGGACCGGCCUCUCAGCUGGGCCUCGGGAGUGUGCCAACCAGGGGGCCCACCUGGGUCUCUGGCUCCGUGCGUCCCUCUGUGGGCAUCGGGAUCUCAGCUGCUCAGCGCCAAGAGCAAGACUGCUGGGUGAGACUCCAUGGCUAUCCUUCAGGAAAGGCCCCUGUGCUGGCUGCAGACCUGGUUUGCUCUGGUCAUCUGCCCCGGCCUGCAGACAAAUGCCGAGCAGCCCCAAGGAGCUUACUUCCUCCCGGAGUUUGCCCUUUCUCCCCAGGGAAGUUUUCUUGAAGACACAACAGGAGAGCAGUUCCUCACCUAUCGUUUCGACGACCAGACUUCAAGAACAGCCCGUUCGGAUGAAGACAAAGAUGGCGGCUGGGAUGCCUGGGGUACUUGGAGUGAUUGCUCGCGCACCUGUGGAGGAGGAGCAUCUUACUCUCUCAGGAGGUGCUUGAAUGGGAGGAGCUGUGAAGGGCAGAACAUCCGUUACAAAACCUGCAGCAACAAUGACUGCCCCACGGAUGCAGGCGAUUUCCGAGCCCAACAGUGUUCUGCAUACAACGACGUCAAGUACCAAGGGCAGUUCUACGAGUGGCUUCCUGUCCCAGGAGACCGUGCCGGAUCCUGUGCCCUCAAAUGCCGGGCUCGGGGCAAGAAUGUUGUGGUGGAGCUUGCCCCAAAGGUGCUGGAUGGGACCCGCUGCCACACUGACUCCCUGGACAUGUGCAUCAGCGGCAUCUGCCAGGCCGUGGGCUGCGACCGACAACUUGGGAGUGGAGCCAAGGAAGACAACUGUGGAGUCUGUGCAGGGGACGGCUCGACCUGUAGGCUCGUGCGGGGGCAGACCAAAGUGCACGUUCCAAAAGACAAAAGGGAAGAGACGGUGGUGAUUGCUGUGCCGCUGGGCAGCAGGAGCGUGAGGAUUUCAGUGAAAGGAUCUGCUCAUCUGGUUAUUGAAUCAAAAACACUUCAAGGAGACAAACGGGAACACAGCUUCAAGGCCCCUGGCGUGUUUGUCAUUGAAAACACAACGGUGGAAUUUCAGAAGGGGCCCGAGAGGGAAACCUUGAAAGCUGCAGGGCCUCUCGCAGCGGAUUUCAUUUUCAAGACCAGGUACACGGCCCCCAGAGACAGCGUCAUUCAAUUCUUCUUCCACCAGCCCAUCAGUCACCAGUGGAGGCAAACAGACUUCUUUCCCUGCACCGUGACAUGCGGCGGGGGAUACCAGCUGAACUCAGCCGAGUGCUUGGACAUACGUCUGAAUCGGGUUGUGCCUGACCACAACUGCCACUACCACCCCGAAAACAAAAAACCCAAACCCAAGCUGAAGGAGUGCGGCAUGGAUCCCUGUCCUUCGAGUGAUGGAUUUAAAGAGAUCAUGCCCUAUGACCACUUCCAGCCGCUCCCUCGCUGGGAGCACAAUCCAUGGACAACAUGCUCAGUGUCUUGCGGAGGGGGUGUCCAGAGGAGAAGCUUUGUCUGUGUGGAGGAGUCCAUGCCUGGGGAGACCUUGCAUGUUGAAGAAUGGAAGUGCAUGUAUGCACCCAAACCCAAGGUCUUGCAGACCUGCAACCUGUUCGAUUGCCCUAAGUGGGUGGCAAUGGAGUGGUCCCAGUGCACUGUGACCUGUGGGCGAGGUUUGCGCUAUCGAGUGGUCCUGUGUAUCGAUCACCAAGGCCAGCACGUCGGGGGCUGUAACCCGCAGCUCAAGCUGCACAUCAAAGAAGAGUGUGUCGUGGCCGUCCCGUGCUACAAGCCAAAAGAAAAAAGUCCGGUGGAAGCUAAGUCACCCUGGACUAAACAAGCCCAGGAGCUAGAGGAGACACAAGCUGCCUCAGAUGACCCUGCGUUUCUUCCUGAGCCGUGGUCCCCCUGCAGUGCAUCGUGUGGCCCCGGCGUGCAGGUGCGGGCUGUGAGGUGCCGCGUCCUCCUUGCCUUCAGCCGGACAGACACGGAGCUGCCCGACGAGGAGUGUGAUGGCCCCAGGCCGCCCGGUGAACAGCCCUGCCUCCUACAGGCCUGCCCAGGGCCCUCUCUCCCUCCCCGAGGGCAGGACAGCGGAGCCAUUUACGAUUGGGAGUAUGUGGGUUUUACGCCUUGCUCGGCUACGUGUGCGGGAGGAAAGCAAGAAGCCAUCGCCACGUGCCUGCACAUCCGGAGCCAGAGAGUGGUCAAAGCUGCGAUGUGCGAGGAGGCCACCCGGCCCCCGGCCAUGUUCCGUACUUGCAACCCUGAUCCCUGCCCACCGAGGUGGCACACCAGCCCAUGGAGGCCGUGCUCCGCCACCUGUGCAGUUGGGAUCCAGACUCGGGAGGUCCGGUGCCUGCGGGCAGGAGACUCCCCAGCGCCCGAUGACGCGUGCCCAGAGGACAAGCCCAACGUGUUAAAGGCGUGUAACCAACUGGACUGCCCCCCAGCCUGGCACGUGGGAGAGUGGCAGCAGUGCUCAGUGAGCUGUGGUUCCGGGAUCCAGAAGAGGAAGCUGAUUUGUCACAGGCUGACGGCUGGAGGACAGGACGCUGCAGUCAAUGGCUCCCUGUGUGACGUCCUCCCCCGCAUGCCCCUGCUGAGGAUGUGCCGGAUGGCCGCCUGUCCCGAUGAGAAGCAGGGAUCUAACGCUGAGCCACCGGCCCAUCCUGGCACCCGGCUCCCUCAGAUCCUCGGCCUCCACAGAAUCUACAUUCAGACCAGGAGGGAAAAGCGUGUUCACUUUACCGUUGGCAGCCGGGCCUAUCUGAGGCCUCAAACCUCCGUGGUCAUCAAGUGCCCCGUACGUGGGUUCCAAAAGUCUCUGAUCCGGUGGGAGAAGGAUGGCCGGGCCCUGAAGAACUCCAAGAGGCUCUGGAUAACCAAGUCUGGGUCCCUGAAAGUGCGCAGUCUCCAGGCGGGUGACAUCGGGGUCUACCGGUGCAUCGCUGGCGCUGCGCAUGAGACCUUUGUGCUCAAACUCAUCGGCGCAGAUGACCGGCUGAUUGAGCCGCCUGGCUCCGGGAAGCCCACCCCUGGGUCCAGUGGGCUGGUGCACAAUGAGGCAGAUGGCCUGGAGGCCAAGUGGCAUCAGAUGAAUAAGAUGUGGCACCUGUGGAAUGAAAAGAACCACCUCUAUCUGGGCGACGGGCAAGUGAGCGACCAGCCAUCCUCGAGAAUGUCUGCCCCCGGUGGGGGUGACCCUCCCGAGUUGGGCCGCCCGCAGGGCCUUGGAGAAGUGCACAGGGGAGCAGGAGCGCUCCGGGGGGCCCACAGCUUGGACCAGGCUCAGUUUGCAGAGCUCGUAAGAAACAUGAGCCAGAUCAUUGAAACCGGGGAGAUGAGUGAUGACUUAGCGUCCCAAGUCAUCUAUCGGCUGGUGGCGGAACUCUCCGCACCUGCGAUGGGCGGGGGGCCAACAGAGGCUAGCUCUCUGCCUCCCCCGGGGGUCAAAGCCACUGCCCGAGGCCCCUCCGAUCGGAAAGGGCCACACAAGCCGGACUCCAAGAAUAAGGGACCGGAUUAUCCGAAGUCAAAUCAACCUCUUGGAAUAUCAUUCGACCCAACAGUCAGUGCCAGGAUCGGCGAUCCCGUGUUCAUUACAGAGAGGACCCAGACUGUCAACUUGCUGUGCGAGGCAGGGGGAAGCAGAGACGUCAAAUAUACGUGGACUAAGAAUGGGGCGGCUUUACGACCCUCAGAAAAAAUUAUCUUGGAGGGACAGAAGCACUUGCAGAUUCGGAAUCCCACGCGAGAAGAGCAGGGGGUGUAUGCGUGCAUGGCAGUUGGCGAACUUGGAUCAGACCCGCUGACAUCUUCGGUGCUGUACGCAGAGGCACCCAUCAUCCUAUCAUCCUGGAAGCCUGUCACCCGCCUGGAUGGCCGCCCACUUUCCCUGGUUGUGGGGAGCUCCGCGGAGGCAGCAGUAGGAGCAGACAUUACACUGCAGUGUCCGGCAACAGGGAAGCCUGAGCCCGAGGUGUCGUGGCUGAAGAGGGGAGGGUCCCUGAACAACAACACGAUCCGGCUCCCCGAUGGGGCCCUGCUGCUGCCGAACGCUUCCCGGAAGCACGAGGGGACAUACGUGUGCACGGCUGCCAACGCUAUGGGGAAGGCCGUGGCAGCCACCCGUCUUCGCUUGUCCGAUCCAAGAGAACCAGGCCCAAGAAAAGCGGCCCCCGGCAGAGACAGGAAGUGGGUUCUCAUGGCUUCCAGCAUCGGCACCAACAUCACAGUGAUGGCCGGGGAACUCCUCCGCAUAGGUUGUCCCACACAGCCGCACCAGAGAAACACCAUCCGUUGGUUCUUUAAAAACAGGCCUCUUGAGGAAGCGAGGGGUUUGAAGUACAGAUUGUUGGCCAGGGGCCGAAUCCUGGAGGUGGCUGCCCUCUCUCAGCCGUUUGCUGGACGGUACAGAUGCUGGCCCGCCCGUGCCUCCAAGCCAUUGUCUGCCUGGGUAAAUGUCAGCCGUGAAGAAUCCUGGUGGGAGGCGGGGGAAUGGACCCACUGCUCCGUCUCCUGUGGCCGCUGGGGGACCCGCGUCCGAAGACCCCGGUGUGUGUCCUCCAAGGGCCGGGAAGCCAACGAAACCUCCUGCGACCCCCUCCGGAAGCCGCCGCCCAGCCUUCAGCCCUGCAACCUCCAGGGUUGCCCCGUCGGGGACGUCAAUCCCGUCAGGGGAGUCGGCCCCACGAUGGAUGUCGUCCCCACUCUGGAUGUAAGUCCUACCUUGGAUGUCAGUUCCUCCCUGGACGUCGGCCCCUCCAUCGAUGUCGGCCCCGCCGUGGACGUGACUCCUACCGUGAAUGUCAGCCCCACCGUGGACGUCAGCCCCGGCAGGAAUGUUGGCCCCACCACGGACGUCGAUCCCUCUAGCUCCAUAUCUGGGAGAAGAUGUGCACCUGGAACGUGCGCCGGGGCCUGGCGGACUGGACCGUGGAGGCCCUGCACGGCCUCCUGCGGCCGCGGCUUUCAGUCACGGAGGGUGGACUGUGUCCUGGUGAGGAGCAGCCAGCGUGUGGCCGACCAGCACUGCACUGGGAAGGAAAAACCGGAUGCCCAACGACCCUGUCGGGGGAUGUCCUGUGGCGAGGGAGAGUGCAAGGACACAACUCAUUACUGCACAUUCGUGAAACACCUCAAGCUGUGCCCGAUAGCCCUGUACCGACAGAAAUGCUGCCAGUCGUGCCGGGAAGCCUGACGGUCUGGGGGGCAGUGCUCCGUGCCGCCGUGGAGAGGGGGGCGGCAGCCAGCCCAGAAGGAUGCUCUUGUAAAUAAGACUCCCGACUUCCCAGAAAAAUGGCGGCCUAGUCCCAACUACGCGGUGCCUCUGGUGGACACGCUACGGGUGUCACUGGGGAGAGAUUUCCAGCCACGUCUCCAUGGUCCACCUUUUCAUACACAAAAUACAUUUCUGGCGGGG